AUGUCUAUCGUUUACAACCCGGCAUCUGCACACACGUUACAGUCGUACAGCAGCAUCAUGGUGGAAGAUAAACAACGGGGCCUGGUGGAAACCGCCCUGGGACAAUCGGCGGUUCCGGCUCAGCGAUCUCUAUCGACCUUCGAACGAGUGAUCACCACGCAUGCUCCCAUUCUCGAAUCUCUUUUACUUCAGUCUCCUACGGAUUCCAUCUUGCAGCUCUACCAUACCUCACGAUACUUACGAAACUUCCUCAAAUCCUACCCAACAGCAUGGAAAUACCUCUCGUUCCGCUUAUACUACCCAUCUGGCACGCCGCCGCCGCCUGUCCGAGUCGUCCUCCCCGGCCAUCUAGAUCCAGAGAGUCAACGCCAGUCACGUCCGUAUGCCCUCGAUCAGUUGUUGAUGACGGUGGCCAUCCCGUGCAGUCCGUGUCUGCGGAGCUUGGAGCUGGAUAAUACGGCUGUUUCGGGUCAGAUACUUAUCUCGACGGUCUUGCAUUCACGACGAGAGACGCUGGAGCAUCUAUCCGUUCGGGGGUGCAAGAAUGUUUCGCUGAAGUACCAUAUUGUUCCGUAUCUGACCAUGUUUGGGUUACAAUACGAUGUGGACAUGGCACGGAAUAUUGGUAGUUCACCUGCUACGAAGCCGCUUGCCCUUAAGAGUCUCUACACCUAUCGUUGCCGUCAUCAUCGACGGAGACCAUAUCUUACGUCCUCUCUGCAAAGGAAGGAUUCGGACUCAGAACCAACUCAUGAGCUGGUGACUCUCUGUCACAAGUUGGGCAUCUGGACGGAUACGGCUUGGUGUUCUACCCCCGCAGGACGGUGCUUCCGACGACGGGGAUAUGUCCAAAUGAGAGUUCCCCAGGGGUCUGCAGAGGUCUGGGUGGUAUUUGACCGGCUCUGGCGAUCCAAGAACUGGAUCGGCCCUGUGGACCAGGGAAGCCGGUCUUCAAAGCAGGAUGGAAAGUUAUGGGAGCACAGCGAGACUGGGGCAUUUGGCGAAGCUUUGGGGACCGGGGAAGGAGGUGAUCCGGGUGAGGGCAAGACCUUGCCUGCCCAUCUUCGUCAAAGCCACACACGCUUCGUUGAGAACAUUCGGUGUGACAAUUGCUUGGAGGUAAUUCCGGAGCGGUGUGAGCAAUGCAGCAUCCUGAUGCACUGUAUUGGGUGUCGAAAGACUCUCUGUGCAAGCUGUGCAUACGAGAGGCCUUAUGUCCAUCGCGUAUCCCGGUCAUCGGCAUCUGUAGAUGAUGCUCCUCAGCCAUUCUGGUGGGCACCGGGAGCGACUGUCUCGCCGUGUUCCAUGCAGGACCCUGCGCAACAUGCCGCCUACAUCUCGAACCAGCCCAGCUCGUAUCCCGCACUCAAGUUCCAUUGGUGUUGCACGGAACCCAUCUUCUCCGGAGGCGGUGGGAUCAGCAUUGGCACUCCCAAUCGGGAAGUUGAUCAGGUGCGCGCUGUUCCUCUGCCCCGGGGACAGGGCUGGGAGGAUGUUGAAUAUUCGACCAAUGAAUUCAGCAAGACGUUUCCGAAAUACGCCUACGGCGAUCCAAAGAAACCGGAUUACUCGCUCGAAACGGGGCACAUCGCCAUGAUGAAAUGGUUAUUGGGCCCACCGGAUCGGAAGAUCUCGCCCUGUCCGCGCAAUCUGUGUCAGGAAUGCUAUGAUUCUCCCCAGUGGAAGGUCCAUUGCAAGACGUGCUCGAAGCCGUUGUGCAUUGAACAUGACCUCCGGGGACUGCGUCUGCGGAUAUGUGGGUAUCGCGAUCUUGCUUUGGAGAAGCUGGCCAUUCAAGAACAUGAUGGCACCGGCUCUUUUGAUCAUAUUCCGCAAGAAAGUUCCAGUUCUGCAUUCGACCUUCCGUAUCGACCACAGCGCUUGGUUGACUCGACCACGAGCAGCUUCACGGAUGAUCAGCCGGGCGAUAAUCUGACUGAAGCGAACACUCCUCUAUUCCAGCAUACAGAUCCUACCGAAUCUGACGAGCUUGUACGACGCGGCUCAAGGAGCUUCUCAGCCUCAAACUCGAACGGAUCUCGCUCUUCGUCACCCUCAUCACUGUAUUGCGACUCACCGAUGGAGCCACCAAAAUGGCAGGGAUGUCAGUCAUUCUUCUGCCCCCAGCACCGCGCGGUAGGCGACCAACGGCAACGCUGCGGUAGCCUCCUCUUCGAAUGCACAUCUUGCUCAGUCAACGUGUGCCAAGACUGCAUCUCGCGGAAUCCACCCUGUAACUGCUCGUACUGCGAGUCAAACUAUCUCUGUCCGAACUGCGCCCGGAUCUACGAGCGAGACGGGACGUGUCAACGACGAGUCGAGGAAAAGGCACGACAGGAGCGGAAGUGGAAGAAGGACAUGCGAGCGUUGGAGGGGAUCCUCGAAGAUAAAAUUGCAAAUGAGAUCGCCGAGUUUGCAGGGCAAUUCUUCGAUGCGAUUGAGCAGGAACAGCCUGGGGUAUCCGUGGAGCAGGUUGAGGAUAUUGGACUGUCGGGUUGA